CCGUGUACUCUCUGCACAACGCGACUGUAUGUGUGAGCAGCCCUGGGAUACGGCUGGACUUCCUUUAGCUAUCUACAUAGGAAAGACCACAAGGAAUGCGUGAGCCGUUUAGUAACGCCAUUAACCUCCCUUUCAGCAGCCUCUCCAUUAUCACAGCCCGUCUCCUCUGUGGCCCUGAGGCUACAACUGGAGGUGGAGGAGGGGGCAGGAGCCCUGCGGCCGUCUGUGUGGCCGCUUCUGAUUCCCAAUGUCUGGGAAGGAGUGGGCGGGAAGCGGCAGAGAUGGAGGCUGAGGAGGGAGGAGAAGUGUGCUGUAGAGGGAUACACUGCCAUGACGUGUGGGGAGGAGGAAACUUUGAAAGCAAGAAACAAGUGCACAUUGCAGCGAACGGCAUUAGUGUAGAGCGGAGUGCGGCACCGGCUGUGUGUGGAUUCUGUACCUGGACUUGGAAGCAUUUCCCGCGUCCUCCCUGGACUCUAGAGUAUACCCUGCACUGCUUCAGGAUUACUACCCCCAAUUACAUGGAGGCAGCGUUAGCCCGGUCCAUAUAACGUGAACUGGCCACCGGAGCUCGAUAAAGCAUUCCUAUUGGCAGGUAGAGAGAAUGCCGCAAACGCCAAGUUUAGUAGCCAUGUUUGACAGCGGUACUUUCAACCGGAACUUGUAUCAGUCCAAAGAAGAGAGUUUUUCUGACCUGUAUUACCAAGAUAACAACUUGCUGUCUGGAUCCCUUGAAGCACUCAUCCAGCACUUGGUGCCCAGCGUUGACUACUAUCCGGAUAGAACAUACAUCUUUACCUUCCUCCUCAGUUCUCGCCUUUUCAUUCAUCCCUUUGAAUUAAUGGCUAAAGUCUGUCAUGUUUGUGUAGAACAACAAAGGCUAAAUGAACCAGGGACUGAUAAGAGUCACAUGAAGAAGAUUGCUCCCAAAAUCCUUCAGCUGCUGACAGAGUGGACUGAGACUUUCCCUUAUGAUUUUCGAGAUGAAAGGAUGAUGAGAAAUCUAAAAGAUACAGCACACCGCAUAACACAUGGAGAUGAGACGUACAGGAAAAAUGUUCAACAGAUCAUGCAAAAUCUCAUUCGGAAGCUAGCAGCACUAAGUCAGUAUGAAGAACUUAUUGCAAAGAUCAAUGCCCAAAGCGCAGAUCGUAUGGCCAUUUUGAAGAGCAAGCCACAGUCCAUACAGAGGGAUAUCAUCAGUGUCUGUAGUGAUCCUUAUACGUUAGCUCAGCAGUUAACCCACAUAGAACUGGAGAGACUAAGUUAUAUUGGACCAGAAGAGUUUGUGCAAGCUUUUGUGCAGAAGGACCCAUUAGAUAACAAUGAGAACUGUUUCAGUGACAGAAAAAAGACUCGGAAUCUAGAAGCCUAUGUGGAAUGGUUUAACCGGCUUAGUUACCUUGUAGCAACAGAGAUCUGCAUGCCUGUUAAGAAGAAACACAGAGCAAGGAUCAUAGAGUUUUUUAUCGAUGUAGCUCGGGAAUGUUUCAACAUUGGGAAUUUUAACUCUCUAAUGGCAAUCAUUUCUGGAAUGAACAUGAGUCCUGUGUCACGGCUAAAGAAAACAUGGGCCAAAGUGAAGACUGCCAAGUUUGAUAUUUUGGAGCAUCAAAUGGAUCCUUCAAGCAAUUUUUACAAUUACAGAACAGCUCUGCGAGGGGCAGCUCAAAGGUCUUUAACUGCCCACAGCAACAGAGAAAAGAUUGUCAUCCCGUUCUGCAGCUUGCUGAUUAAAGACCUCUACUUUCUAAAUGAGGGCUGUACCAGUCGUCUUCCCAAUGGCCAUGUCAAUUUUGAGAAAUUCUGGGAACUGGCAAGGCAAGUCAGUGAAUUUAUGGCUUGGAAGAAAGUUGAAUGCCCAUUUGAAAAAGAUCGAAAAAUUCUGCAUUAUGUCCUGACGGCUCCUAUAUUCAGUGAAGAUGGUCUUUAUCUGGCUUCGUAUGAGAACGAGAGCCCUGAGAAUCACAUUGAAAAAGACAGAUGGAAAACUCUGAGGUCAGCACUUUUGGGCAGAGUCUAAUGUAUGAAGUCACUGCCAUGAAAUGGCCAUUAUUUAUGAACACAUUUUGCACUGUGGGAUUUGAAUGAUGGGUGCAUUGCAAGCAGCUGAGGCUUUCCAGCAGAGCAGACGUGAAUCAAGACUGCUCAAGGGCAGGCAGAUUAAAUGAAUCACAACUGGCUUGUCUGCCUGGCCUGCUUGAGACAAACAAUUACUGAAUUUUUCCCAGUCACCCCUAUGCUGAGUUUUUAUUUCUUCAGUUGCAUUAUAGAUUCUUUCCUGGGUUUCCUAUCCUGCUUAUCAAUCCUACCCAGCCGUGUUUUUGCAUUACAAGUAUCAUCGUGUGCAAUGCUGGUCGACACUAGGAGUCCUCAAAGCAGAAGUUAGAAAGUAUUAUUUAAAAAAACUGACAACCACUCGCUGGCCGGGGUCCUCGUGCUGUUGAUGCUAAAAGCAGUUUGUUUGUGGAGCUUCAGUUUACCGCUGGAUGGUAAACUCAACAGUGGGACUUAUUGGACGUUUAAUAUUAUUCAUUUUAGAAGUAAUAUAUGUUAUUGUCCAGAGCUAAAGCCUAUUUCUGGAAUAUAGGCUACAGCAUUACAGAAUAUGUGUAAAUAGAAGAGAGCAGUUUACAGUAUUUUACCUUGUUUUUGUGAUUUGCUUGUAUAUUCUUAUCUUUCGAUCAUGUGACUUUCUUAUUUAUUGCAGCAAGGUCUGUACAGAAACUUUUUGGUACAGAGCAAGUUGUGCACUGAGUGUAUAUUGGGAAGAAGCUACCCCCCCUAUCCUUCCAGUUUGUAUUAAUGCAUUUUUAUAAGUAGGCUUUUCACCACUUCUCCAUUUUGUUCUACAAGCAACAUCACAGAAGCAAACAUCAGCUUUUUUUUUCUUCUCCAGAGGCUGCAUAGAGGCACUGGCAUUUUUGGAGAUGCAUAUGCAUGUUUUCUUAAAUAGCUGGCCUGCAGUGAAUCACAACAGAUUCAAUGCUUAACUGCUGUGAAGAGGCGUUCGUAGUCUCUAGAAAGAAAAAAGAGUCUUAUUUUGCUAUGAGCUCAAACAUUGCAACUAAGAGCAUUACUGUAGUAUUCUAAAUAAUUAUAAUAAUAAUGCAGAUUUAUUUUGAAAUGAUCGUGUCUGUUUACUAGUCUUCCUCUAUUAAUGUGACCAUCCUGUGACAAGAACAAACAGACCGUCUUACCUCAUGUCUUCUUUGCAAUGUGCAGAGACAUCAUGAUAGUUGAGUACCUUGUGGUAUACUUAUUUUAUUUAAAUUUUUUCAUUGUAAUUUUCCACUUCAGUGAUGAAUAGGUCACUUUGUGCAUGUACUGCAGAGGAAUGCGAACAACCGUGAACUAGACAACUAAAAUAAAUGUGAUAAUACACGCGCUAUAUUUCAAGGGUGUAACACUGAUGGAUGUGUUUUGUGAUCAUAAUAAGGUCAGAGGUUAAUGCAUUCAACUCCAAAUAUAUCUUCUGUGACUCAGAAGGUUUUACAGUGCUGUAUGAGACGAGAAAUAUGAGGAGGAUUCUUAUUGAAUUCAAAUAUGUGACUAUAAAUGAUGACCUCAUUCCUUUGUCACAGGGGAAUAACUUGCUAUGUCAUUGCAGAAUGAAGCUUUUUUAAGUCCAAACAGAUAUAUGUACAUUUGGCUCCUUCUAGAAUAUAUAGUAAACGUAUCCUUUUGGCUUCAUUCACCUGACAGAGGUAAAAAAAAAAAAAAAUGUUGGCCUCUCCUGUAGAUCUUUGUAACAUCCGAUUUACAGAAUUACUUAGUCGCUGAUAUUCCUAAGACAUUUGUAAGAAUUUGCAUAAUCAGUUUUUAAGAUAUUUCCCACUGCUGGGAAAUUAAUAUUCUGACAGGCAGCUGCAGAGACAAGACAUCGGGCACCUCCACACUACUUCGCAUGAAUAUAUUUAGUGGAUCCCUAGAGAAGAAGGGCAUGCCUGUGUCCUGGAUUGAAACACACCAUGCAUUUAUUUUCUGUUCCUGAAAUGGGUUAUCUGUCAAUGUCUAGUGUACAUUUUUUUUACUUCUUAUGGCUGAGAUGUCUUUAUGCGCAUGGAAAUAUCAUGUUUUCAGUACUUUCCACGAAUAAUUAAAGGAAAUAAUGACACUACAAUAGAGAAGAUGCAAAUCGGCUUAAUCAUGGGAAAUAUAUUUCAUAUAUUAUGGCUUAGAACCAUAGGUAUCUGCGGACAUAAUUAUCAAGUGGACAAUAACAACCAACAUCUGUAAUGGCAACAAAAUGUAAAAGCUUAUAUGCCAAGUAUUGGGUUAAAUAUUAAGGGGUAAAAAAAAAAAAGAAAGAAAAAAAAACAGUACUGUAUUAGUUUUUUUUUUCCAUUUUUAUAUUGUGGCAUCUGUAUGGUGUUAUAAGUCAGGUGAAUAGUGCAGCGCUUUAAGGGACUAGAAGGAGUUUGUAUGUCAUGCAAAAUGGGCAUAGACUUAUAUGGCAAGGUAGUGUUCUGCCCCAUUUGCCAAAUCACAAGAAGACAUAAUAGGUACAGUCGGUGCCCUCUGGCUCUGCAUACUCUGGGGUGUAGGAGGUUCAGACCAGGUUGUGAAAAGAGUAAGAAAUGCACAAAGAUUCAGACUACAGAAUGACCUAUCACUGCAACAUAAAGCUAUAAGAGGAUAACUGUGAGCACACUAGAUAUAGCUAGUGAAACAUUUUCUGGUAGUGUGACCACUAGAAAUUUUGUGUGUUCUUCUCUGGUUUACUGUGCACAAACACAGUUCUACAACAGGUACUUUGUGAAGGAGCAUUCCAUUACUCUGUAAAGCAGAUAUAUUGCUCAGAGACUGAAAUGUGUGUGUAUAUAAUUGUAAGGUAUUUUCACUGACCUCUAAAAUGCAUUUAUAAUUUAUGUAGUUGAAGCAAACUAUAAAUAAAAGUGAACCACAUUGUGUAUAAUGCCAGUUUGUUUCCUUU